AUGCCUCCUCAAGGUGCUGCUGCUGCUGCUGAGGCCGCACAAGCACCAGCACCAGCAGCACCAGCAGCAGCAGCAAAUGCAGCAGCAAGUGCAGCAGCAAGUGCAGCAGCAAUGCCCGUACUGCCGCAGCAGCCGAAGCGGCUGCUGCAGCACGCGCCUGAGAACCCCCUCAGCGCCUUUGUUGCUGCUGCCCUUGAUCCACAGGCAGCAACAGCCACAGCAACGGCAGCAGCAGCAGCUCCAGCAGCAGCAGGAGCAGCAGCAGCAGGAGCAGCAGCAGCAGCAGCAAACGAAGACGGAAAAACCAAGCGUUUCUUCUCCGCUUUGUUUUUGCUGCUGAUUGAAGGCCGGGGGCUCGACGAGGAGGCCCUAGCAGCAGCAACAGCGGCAGAUGCAGCAGCAGCAGGUGCCAGCAGCAGCAGCAGCAGCAGCAGCAUUUGCCUGCUGCGGGGGCCUCGCGUGCUGCAGCUGCUGGCAGCAGCGCUGCAGCAGCAGCCGCUGUUUGCUGCUAAUGCAGAAAACUGGGGAAAGGGCCUCAAACUUAUUGUGUCUUUUGGAUUGGCGGAGCCCUCCGUUGCUGCUGCAGCAAAGACAGCUUUGCUGCUGGGGGUGCUGCGGCUGCUCUUCCUGCUGCUGCCAGCUGUCGAUACACCCCAAGCAGUGCCCACCCUCGACCUCAAUGUGCUCGUAGAUUUUGUUGCGGAAUUCAGCAAGUUGGUGCCGCUGCAGUCUUUACCUGCUGUUGUUCGUCUCCUCGCGGAUCACCGGAGUCUCUGUGCUGCUGCCUUCAAGCGAAAAAGCAAAGAAGAGAGGCCAGCAGCAGCAGCAGCAGCAGCAGCAGGUGCUGCUGCUGCCACCCCAGCAGCAGGCGCUGCAGAAAACAGAAGACGCAUGCAGGUUGCUGGCGCUAAGGUGAUUGGCAUGAUAAAGGCAGUGGAGGAAAGGCUGCGGCUGUCCCCUCACGCCCACCUUAUAUUCGAGCUGCGUUUGCUGCUAGCAGAGACACUGGCCCUCACGCAUGCAGGCGUAUCAAACAGGACACUGCAGCGCGCGGAGCUCCCAAGGCCCGGCAUCGACAGCGAAGAGGCGUGGCGGAAAUGUUCUGUGGGAACUGUAGAUACACCCGAAGGCGGAGACUGUCCCUAUGCAAUUUACAAAGCAUUUGUAGACUGCCAGCAAUUCCUUCAGGCCCCGGAUUUGGUGCUGGCACAAGGCAGCGAAGCAACGGUUGCUGCUGUUGCUGCAGUGCAGCAGGUGCUCUCUUACCUAGAGAGCUACCACACGAAAACUAGCAGCAGCAGCAGCAGCAACAGCAACAGCAGCAGCAAAUGCGGCAGCGCAGCAGCUGAGAGCCUGGAGGACUUUUACGACUGGUUGCUGUUGUGGGAGACCCCAGCAGCAGCAGCAGCAGCAGCAGCAGCAGCGGACUCAGCAGCAGCAGCAGAUUCAGCGGCUGCAGCAGCAGACUCAGCAGCAGCAGCAGAUUCAGCGGCUGCAGCAGCAGACUCAGCAGCAGCAGCAGCAGCAGCAGCACCGUUCCCGCUGCUGCAGCCGCCACCUAUAUCUUUGCUGCGGCAAGCUGACGAAUGGUGUCUGCUGGAGGACAACCCCCCGCCCAGCAAGUACCUCGAGCUCGGGCUGACAGACAAGCUGCAGCACAAGCUGCGGGAUUUCUCGCUGAAGCUGCAGCAAGACAAAAACCCCGAAAGCGGCAUUGACGACAGCAGCAGCAGCAGCAGCAACUGCUUCUUCAUCAAAAGAUUCCACAGACUUUUUUUUCUGUUUCACUCCGACAGAUUCGACGUCCUCCCCGUCAAAAAUGCGAGUUGUGAGGCUCUGGGCGAGAUAUUGGAAAGCAUUGAGAAAGGGGAGGAGCUCCCACUUACGCAGAAGCACAGCAGCAGCAAAUCGCGGGCAGCAGCAGCAGCAGCAGCAGUGCCACCGGCGGCUGUUGCUGCUGCUGCUGAGCCCGUGCCUCAGGAUGCUGCAGCAGCAGCAGCAGUCGCUGGCGGCGGUGAUGCUGCUGCUGCUGCAGAUAGCAGUGCGAUGGAGGUCGAUGGGAAAACUGCAGCGCGAGAGCAGCAGCAGCAGCAGCAGCAGCAGCGGCACCAGCGGAAAGGGUCUGAGGCUGCUGGCUAG